UCGCCAUUGACCAAAGUACAAAGAUGCCACUCGGGCUAGAGUCAACUGACUUUCUGUCGCACAUUGACGGCGAGCUCCAACCUCAGCAACGGGACGCAAUAGUAGCGCAAGUACGCGCCGAGAUACCCCCCAAUGCCGCAGAAACGCUACAUCCAAGGAUUCCAGUCGCGUACGAACCUCAUUUCAGCCCUCUCAUAGAGGCGGAACUAGAGCGCAUAGCUUCCAAAGCGGAAAAACAGCCAGGAACAGGCAUAGAUGUAUCGCGGUAUGAGGCUGACGCCCUAGAAGCACCACCCCGCACGUCACCACAUUCAGACGAGCGACAUCCGGAAAUACUGGCUCAGUGGAGACAGAAGCUGCAACGCGCGUAUGGGCUGAAGACCUAUUUAGAUGGGAGAUUAGUCAACCUGAAUCUAUUGGAAACAUAUGGGAAAAAUGCGUGGUUGAUAGGGAAUUCGCAACUGGAGGAGGAAGUCAGAAGCUUGGAUAGGGAGCUGGCUGAGAUGAAGAGACAGGUUGAGGAGGUGGAAGAGCAGAGGCGGAGGAAGCAAGAAGCUGUGAAGGGAGAAAUGGAAGGCCUGGAGGAGAGCUGGCGAAGAGGGGUGAGGGGCAUUGUAGAAGUAGAGCUUGCUACUGAAGGGCUGAAGCAGGAGAUUCUGGCCAGGAAAAGGGCGAGCGCCGCUGUGGGUUGAGUCACUUUGCACAAGGCGAGGGCAAUCAUACCGACCGCAACCGGUUCCAACUGCGCAGGCUGUCCUUACACGACAGCAAGCCUCAUAUAUGAGGGAUUACAGAGCUCGUGGCAAGACCUUUUUAGAGUCCAUCCGGACGGUGUUUGACCCGUCAAAAUAUUGUAGGGUUAGAAGACCGAUCGGCGUGAUAAAGCCACGCGUGUUCGAGGGUUCAUGAGACAGGGCAAGUUCCAUGCGUGAAGUGGAAUCCAUGCUCUGUAUGAUAGUCACGUUACAGCGUACAAUAUGCUUACCUUACAAUGAACUAUCGCAUCUUUUAAUGAA